GAAUUUUCUGCAUACAGUCACUGCAGUGAAAUGCUUUAUAUUUCCACAUACAUAGGUUAUGGUGCUGGCUGAAAGGUUCAAGCAGAUAAUCUGAAGCUUACAGCUAAAAAUGCCUGAUUUGAUGGUAAUUCUACAAUGUUCGCAGACUGGUUCAGCAGUGAUUAACAUGCAGUUUAUGGAAGGCAGGACACAGGAUGUUCUCUACAUGACUUUGCUUGCUGAGAUCACAUUGUGAAAUCUCUCUCUCUCUGUUCUGCGGCAGACGGUUACUAUGUGGAGCACUUUACCAAUACUAACUUCAAUUUUACAUCCAUAUUCUCAGUAACCACAGUGCCUGUGUCCAGAGAUAAACUAAAGACAUUAAACGGAAUAAGUGGAAGAAUUGCUACAUAGUUCAAUCAGUCAAAAUGUGGCCUAUCUUAACACAACUUUUAUUGUACAUUUUCUUCUGCUGGGCAGAGGAUGGAAAAAGAUAUGGGCCAGUUUUUGAAGAGCAGCCAAUUGACACCAUUCAUCCGGAAGAAUCUUCUGAUGGGAAAGUUUCAAUGAACUGCAGAGCCAGAGCAAAUCCAACUCCAACAUAUAAGUGGAGACUAAAUAACUGGGAUAUUGAUCUUCUAAAUCUACGCUACAGUAUGAUUGGAGGUAAUCUACUAAUCAACAAUCCAGAUAAAUCAAGAGAUACUGGGAUAUAUGUCUGUAUAGUCACCAAUGAAUAUGGAACAAUCAGAAGCCAUGAAGCCAGACUCAACUUUGGAUAUCUUGACCCUUUCCCUGCUGAGGAGCGCCCGGAAGUAAAAGUAAAGGAAGGCACUGGAGUAAUGCUGAUUUGUGACCCUCCACCACACUUCCCAGAUGACCUUAAUUACAGAUGGAUCCUAAAUGAAUUUCCAAAUUUUAUUAAUGUGGACAAACGCAGAUUUGUUAGCCAGGCAAAUGGAAAUUUGUAUAUUGCGAAAGUAGAACAGUCUGAUAGGGGAAAUUACUCCUGUUUUGUAUCCAGUCCUUCAAUUACAAAAAGUGUCUUUAGCAAAUAUAUUUCACUUUUACCCCAGGCAGAAACUGCAAAGCGCUAUGCCGCAGAUAUUCAAAUUGGAUUCACUGAUAUUUAUGCCCUGAAAGAACAAAAUGUGACACUGGAGUGUUUUGCUUUGGGAAACCCUGUACCUGUAAUUAGAUGGCGUAAGCUGAAUGAACAAAUGCCUGCCACAGCUGAAAUUAGUCAGUCGGGUGCUAUGCUUAAAAUUUUUAACAUCCAGCCAGAAGAUGAAGGUACCUAUGAGUGUGAGGCUGAGAACAUUAAGGGGAAAGAUACACACAGGGCAUAUGUGCAUGUACAAGCUGCACCAGAGUGGGUGGAACAUAUAAAUGAUACAGAAAGGGAUAUAGGUAGUGACUUGCACUGGCCCUGUAUUGCCAAGGGGAAGCCAAUUCCAACAAUUAGAUGGUUGAAAAAUGGGGACGCGUAUGGUAAAGGUGAACUGAAAAUCCGAGGCCUAACCAUGUUCCAUGCCGGAAUGUUCCAGUGUAUAGCAGAAAAUCACUAUGGAGUUAUUCAAGCAAAUGCUGAACUGAAGAUCCUUGCUUUAGCACCAACAUUUGAAUUUAAUCCUAUGAAAAAGAAGAUUUUAGCUGCAAAAGGUGGUCGUGUCAUUAUUGAAUGUAAACCAAAGGCUGCUCCAAAGCCUAAAUUUUCAUGGAGUAAAGGAACAGAACUGCUCAAAAACAAUAGCAGGAUAUCAAUCUGGGAUGAUGGUAGCCUGGAAAUCAUUAAUAUAACAGUUCUUGAUGAGGGAAGCUAUACUUGUUUUGCUGAGAAUGAUAGAGGAAAAGCAAAUAAUACCGGAAUUCUAUCUGUUACAGCUGCCACAAAAAUCACUCUUGCCCCAUCCAAUGCUGAUGUGACUGUUGGGGAGAAUGCAUCCAUGCAGUGCCAUGCUUCUCAUGAUCCUUCUCUGGACCUCACUUUUAUCUGGUCUCUAAAUGGCUUUGUGAUUGAAUUUGAUGAUGACAGCAACCACUACGAAAGACAUGUAAGGAGUGAUGUUGGUAGUGAGCUCUUUAUCAAAAAUGCACAACUCAAGCAUGCUGGAAGAUAUAUUUGUAUUGCACAGACCAUUGUGGACAACUCUUCUGCAUCAGCUGACCUGGUAGUCAGAGGUCCUCCAGGUCCUCCUGGUGGUGUUAGGACAGAAGAAAUAAAAGACACAACUGUGAAACUUACAUGGAGUAGUGGGACAGACAAUCACCAGCCAAUUUCUAAAUAUACUAUUCAAGCUAGGAGUUCAUUGUCAGAAGAAUGGAGGAAUCCAUUGCCAGAAGAAUGGAAGGAUGUGAAGACGGAGAUUCCCAAUAUUGAAGGAAACAUGGAGUUGGCAAGGGUAAUAGACCUAAUUCCAUGGAUGGAUUAUGAAUUUCGUGUAAUAGCAACCAAUACAUUAGGUAACGGUGAACCUAGUUUGCCGUCACCAAAAAUUAGAACAGAGGGAGCUGCUCCAAAAUAUGCUCCUUCUGAUGUUGGGGGUGGAGGUGGAACCAAUCGAGAGCUUACAGUGACAUGGACACCUUUAGUGCGGGAAUAUCAUUAUGGUGAUGGAUUUGGAUACAUUGUUGCAUUUAAACCUCAUACUGAAAGAGAAUGGAGAAAAGUGACAGUUACCAAUCCUGAGAGUGGUCGAUAUGUUCACAAGGAUGAUACUAUUACCCCAGCUACGCAGUUUCAAGUAAAGGUUCAAGCCUUCAAUAGAAUGGGAGAAGGUCCAUUCAGCAGCACUGCUGUUAUUUACUCUGCAGAUGAAGCACCCACAGAAUACCCUACAGGCGUGAGGGUAGUAGUAUUGUCCUCCUCUGAAGCCAGUGUAUCUUGGCAGCCAGUGAUUGGACAAACUGUUGCAGGUUACCAGGUCCGGUACUGGCGUAUUCAGGACAAAGAAGCAGCAGCCCACAGACUACAAAUUGAAGGCUUAGAAACUGUCAGACUGGAAGGAUUAUUGCCCAAUACUUUCUAUAAACUAGAUGUUUGUGCAUUCAACAGUGCAGGAGAUGGACCUAAAAGUCACACUGUAGAAAUGGAGACCAAGAAAGCACGAAAGCAAAGCAUUGACAUACGGGAGGAUUUCCCUGUUUUGUAUAGGCCAAAUGGACAAAAUGAUGGUAAGCUGUAUUCAACUGGACAUCAUUCAGUAGAGUUGCCAGUUCUAAAGGAGGGAGACUAUAUUGUGGAGGUCCGAGCCCACAGUGAAGGAGGAGAUGGUGCUGUUGCUUCCAUCAAGCUUUCUACUAGUGACACCGCAGGAAUAUUACCCAGUAUCCUUGGUAUACUGCUACCAACACUUGGCCUCCUAUUUUACCUUGAAUUCUGAAUGUAGGUCUGAGUGCAGUGUACUCGUUUCUCGUCUCUGGAGGAUACCAUCAUUCUCUGACUAUUGUGAUAACAUCUUAAGCCCAAAAAAAUAAAAAGUUAAAAAUGUAAAACAUAUAUAUACCCAACAGAGUUAUUAUGGACUUUAAAUAGGAAUUAAGGCAUUCAGGAACUCCUCCGAGGAAUUGUUUUCAAGGAUAAUAGAUGAUUUUUAACUUGUUCCGAUAUGCCUUAUGAAACACUUUCGCCAAUCUGUGACAGUUGCAUGAUCAAAUGGGGCAAGUUACAGUGUUAAAUUACAAUAAUGUAGACUGUACAGUGGAACUGAAGUCACCAUCCAUAGGUGAUUCAACUUUAAUAACAAAUUGUGAAAUAUACUAGAGAUACAAACAUUGUAUAUGGUAUGUGUAAGAGUAACUACAUCUGUCUGUAUUAACUGUUUUGUGUGCUGCAUAUUUUUGUUAUUUUUAAUCGAGCCUUGGCGAGUCCUCUGGACAUACAGUCAGAUCAAAAACAGUCAUUGUAAUAGACAGAACUUCAUGUCUUCAACAAAUGAAUGUAGAUUCAGUAUGCUGAAUAUGACAACUGAAUAUAAGAACUCUGAAAUGUACACAUAUCAGUGAGUGGUUUCAGGUGCAGGCAUGGGAUAAAAUCCAGAGUGAUCUAUUUCUAUUAUGUGAAAUUUUGCACACGCAGUUGUUGUGACACGGUGUAAAUAGUGCAAUAAAUGGCCCACUUAUGAAUGUAAAAUAUAUGUAUAGCAAAUAAGCUGUGCUUAAGAAAAGUAGUAAAAUCUGAAAUAUUUAAAAGCACCUAGAUAUAUAUAAUAUAGGGGAACCUAUGAAGCCAUGUGAUCAAUACAAGUAAGAUACUUUUUGGAGCAUGGAAACGUUGGAAGGAACAGGUAUCAAGGUUUGACACUGAAGCAUUAAUAUAAAUUGUCUCUAACAACAGACUGGAGAAUAAUAAACUUACAUAGGUAAGUACAGGA